CUCUUCUGGAGGGCCAUAAUCUGAGUCUUCUAGUAGCUUGUUUGCUGACCAGAUGGAUUUAUUAUUUCCAGAUUUUUUGUGCUGCUACUUACGGGUAGUUUUCUUCUUCCCCCAUCAGUUAGGUAAUUUGCAUUUACACAGAGGCUUUCUUGGCUUGCCUCUGGAUCCAAAGCGAUCAGCAGCUCAGAGACUGUCUUAAAAGGGACACAUUUCACUUCCACCAGAGUUCUCAUUACUUUUCACUUUCAUCUCCUGCUUUAAAACACACAGAGAUUUGAAAAAGAAAGCACAAUUUAUUGUGGCUUCUUUUGGAGCCCUAAUAGGAUUUUAAUUAAGUACCAUGUUUUGUUUGCAUUUCUUUUACCCCUUUUUUAAUAUACACUGCACAUGUCCUGGGAAAUAGUUUAAUUUCCAUAACAUUAUAUUAGCCAUAUUAAUUUUACACAAGGUGUAAGUGCCCCACCCCCGUGCCCACAGAGUUUUCAUGCACCCCCACCAAAGCGACAGUCCAAUCCCCCAGAGCCCCCCCAAGGCUCAGUGUUCCCAUCAUUGCUCCCCUUUUCCUAUGCAUGCACAGAACUAUUUUUGCCUAACAUUUUUUGCACUGUGAUUACUUUUUUUUUUUUUUUAAACACAACUGUACCCCGAUUACACUCCCAUCUUGUACAACCAGAGACAGCCAGGGGCAGUCAAGUUAAGUUCCAAUAGAAACCCCUGACAUUCCUUUAGUGAUUUUGAUCACAUUACCCAAUAGUAAAAUAAUUUGAUUAGAUUAUUUCUCCGCCUGCUGCCUGCAGCAGUCCCCUAUAGACCAUUUUUGUGGGAAAGGGGCCCAUUUUUUCUCAGAAUAGCUGUAAAGGCUUCUGGGGACUGAAGCAUCGUGGUGGUAGUAGCCACUCUUCCUGACCCCUGGUAUAAUUUAAUUACCAAGCUUCCAUCCAAUGUGGUUGCACAGAGUUGCACAUACAGUUACAUUUAUAGAACUGGGUUUUAUUAUUAAACCAAAAACUUGCUCCUUGUAACACCACAACUGUUACCUGUACCAUUUUCACAACUCCCAAAUGUUUACUUUUCUCCAAACCCUGUUGUGACGAACUGGGCCUGUUCUUACUGUGGUCUGUGAAUGCUGACAGGGGAGUGUGGCUAGGAUAGUCUGCAUUGGGGGAUGGGUUUGGGAGUCUGCCCGAAGGCGAAUACCUGAGCGUGUAACAUGAGAACCCAGGAAGGGGUUGGAGGCCAGGUGACACCUUGGCCCGGGAAACUGAACAAAGGCGGUGGGAGGGGUCGCUGAAGGCAGAGGGCUGGAAGCGGGCUGGAGAGAUGGCUGGGAGGCAGAGAUGGCUCUGAUCCCCCAAAGGGGGGUGGGCUGGGAUGCCCUGGGACCCCAAGCUGGACCUAACUGAGGGGGGCCCUGUUGUCUGUGCCUGCAAGACCUGUCUUGGACUGUAUUCCUGUCAUCCAAAUAAACCUUCUGCUUUACUGGCUGGCUGAGAGUCAUGGUGAAUCGCAGGAAGCCGGGGGUGUAGGGCCCUGAGUCCCCCAAUACUCCGUGACAACUGGUGGCAGAGGUGGGAUCUACUGCACCCCGUGGACGGCGCUUCCUGCAGUAAGUGACUGGGGAGCUGUGAGCACACAGGCCGGUGAGGGGCCAGCAGGAAGAUGUAUGCCAAGCAGCUUAAGAGCGACCUGGUGGAGCUGUGCAAGCAGAGGGGGCUGCGCAUUGGGAGGCUCACCAAAGAACAGCUCAUUGCCCGGCUGGAGGCGGAAGAUCGCGCGAAUGAACUGAUCCCUGUGUCUCAGGGAAGCAGCCUGGCAAAUGCAGCGCAGGCACCAGUGUCUGUCCCAGCUGGGAGUGGUCAGCUGGCUGCUGAGGGCUUCCCGAGACCCCUCCUUCCUAUGCCUAGGGGAAGGGUGGGGAGGAGCCCAGCAAAUACCGAGGGCGCCGUGACCCCCCCGGCCAGCAGAGGAUCCUUCCGGCGACGUUCGGCAUCCGUGGAGCAGAAUUGGCUGGAAUGGGAGAAAGAGCUAAAACUGAGAGAGCUGGAGGAUCGUGAACAACAGAGACAGCAUGAAUGGGAGGAGAAAGAGAGACAGAGACAGCAUGAACGGGAGGAGAAAGAGAGACAGAGACAGCAUGAAGAGAGACAGUGUCAGCAUGAACUGGAACUGGCGAGAUUGAAGGGCAGCGAGCCCCCGGCUGCGGUGAGUGAGGGGGGACCCAGGACUGCACGGAGCUUUGAUAAGUGCAUCCUGGCCCCACGCAAGGAGGGGGAGGACAUGGAUGACUUCCUGGAGGCCUUUGAGACGGCCUGCGAGCUGCACUGGGUUGAUCCCGCGGACAGACUCCGGGUCCUUACCUCCUUACUGGACCCCAAAGCCGUGGCAUUGUACCGCCAACUGGAAGAGGCAGAGAAAAGGGACUACGAACUAUUCAAAAAGGCCCUGCUACGUGAGUUUGGGCUGACUCCUGAGAUGUACCGGGAAAGGUUCCGGAGUCAGGAUAAAACCCCUGAGAUCUCAUAUCUGCAACUAGCCGUCCGCAUGGAAGGAUACACCAGCAAGUGGGCUGAUGGGGCCCAGACGAAGGAGGACCUGGUCAAACUGCUGGUACUGGAGCAACUGUAUGAGCGGUGCCCAUCCGACCUGAGGCUGUGGUUGGUGGACAGAAAGCCAGAGAACCCGCGACAUGCAGGCCGGCUGGCUGAUGAGUUUGUAAAGAGCCGGUCAGGAGAUAACAGGGAGGAGUCCCAAAGGAACAGUCCCACCACAACGCAGAGAGAGAGUCACCAUGGGACCUCCCCAUGGGAAAAUACAGAAAAACACCAUCAAAGGGGAACAUCCGGCGUCAGGACCAUCCGACCCACUCGGGGGGACCCAUGGGACAUGGGCUGCUACCACUGUGGCCAAAAAGGCCACAUACGGGCCCAGUGCCCCAGGCUCAGGGACAGACUGAGCAGACCGAACCCACAGAGGGUUGACUGGGUAGAGACCCAGCCCGGCGAGAGGCAGCAUUCCCAGGGAAGGGGGGCUGGCAGAGUACCACCUACUAAGGAGGGAGGAGAGCUCCAGGCCAGCUCCUCUAGGGGGCUGGAUGCUCCAGACUCAGGGUUUUUGGUUUAUACGGUAGGCGCGGGGCUGUCCCUCCGGAGAGAGUACCUUGUUCCCCUGGAGGUGGAUGGGAGGAAGGUCAAUGGAUACUGGGAUAUGGGCGCAGAGGUGACGCUGGCCCGGCCCGAGGUGGUGGCCCCAGAUCAGGUGGUGCCCAACACCUACCUGACCCUGAGGGGGGUGGGCGGAACACCAGUCAAAGUGCCCGUGGCAAGGGUACACCUGAAGUGGGGGGCCAAGGAGGGCCCCAAGGAUGUGGGGGUACACCCGUAUUUGCCCACUGAGGUAUUGAUGGGGGGGGACCUGGAGAACUGGCCAAGCAACCCCCAAAGGGCACUGGUUGUGACCCGCAGUCAGAGCCGGCGAGGGGCACUGCUCCCUGGCCUUGGGGGGGGGGUGCCUUGCCUGAGGCGCAGGACCCUAACCUGGUGGGGAGGGAACGCCCAGGGACACGGCUCAGGGAGGCUGCAGCUUCAGACCCAGCGGGCGAGAAAGAGCAGGUGGCCAUCCCUGUCCCAGCUGCUGAGUUCCAGGCCGAGUUACAGAGAGAUCCCUCCUUGCGGAAGAUAAGGGACCUGGCCGACCUCAAUGCGGUACAGACCAUGGGACGAGGUGGCCGGAAAAGGUUCCUGUGGGAGAAGGGGUUCCUGUACCGAGAAUGGGCUCCCCCAGGGAAAAUGAAGUCAGGGGGGAUCAGGAGGCAGCUGGUGGUACCCCAGAAGUAUCGCCGCCAGCUGCUGUGCCGGGCCCAUGACAUUCCCCUCUCAGGGCACCAGGGAACCUGGCGUACCCAGCAGAGGCUGCUACGGAGCUUUUACUGGCCUGGGGUCUUUGUUACUGUCCGACAGUACUGCGGAUCCUGUGACCCCUGUCAGAGGGGGAGGAAGGCCUGGGACAAGGGGAAAACAGCUUUAGGACCCUUGCCCAGCAUAAAGGAGCCUUUCCGGAGGGUGGCCAAGGUUAAAAGGGCGGCUCUAAACCAAGGGAGCCCAAAGCACAGACCUCCAGACUGGAGCGCUGGGAGAAGACCACAGCCCAGUUGGAACCCCAGAGGUAUUGGGGUGGGGAAAGGGCACAGGCCACAUAAACCUUCCCACAUGCGAACUGCGAGUGCCAUCAAGCACCCCCGACCUAAGGGGGGGCGUGAAACUGGAGGGGCCUGGUGUAAUUCUCACCAAGGAAUGGGAGGGAUGCGGGGGCAUCCAUGGGAACGGGGGUAGGUUCGAACUUCCCCGGGUCACUGGCUAAAGUGACCCUGCUCAGUUCGGUCUCGAAGGGGGGAGAUGUGACGAACUGGGCCUGUUCUUACUGUGGUGUGUGAAUGCUGACAGGGGAGUGUGGCUGGGAUAGUCUGCAUUGGGGGAUGGGUUUGGGAGUCUGCCCGAAGGCGAAAACCUGAGCGUGUAACAUGAGAACCCAGGAAGGGGUUGGAGGCCAGGUGACACCUUGGCCCGGGAAACUGAACAAAGGCUGUGGGAGGGGUCGCUGAAGGCAGAGUGCUGGAAGCUGGCUGGUGAGAUGGCUGGGAGGCAGAGAUGGCUCUGACCCCCCAAAGGGGGGUGGGCUGGGAUGCCCUGGGACCCCAAGCUGGACCUAACUGAGGGGGGCCCUGUUGUCUGUGCCUGCAAGACCUGUCUUGGACUGUAUUCCUGUCAUCCAAAUAAACCUUCUGCUUUACUGGCUGGCUGAGAGUCAUGGUGAAUCGCAGGAAGCCGGGGGUGCAGGGCCGUGAGUUCCCCGAUACUCCGUGACAAUGUUUCCUUUCCUCCAAACCCUGUAUUAUUAAUUUUUGCAAAAGGUAUUUGUAACUUUU